CCAAAAGCAAUUUCAACCUCAAGUUUACGUAUAAAUACGGGAACGGAAACCUUUACAAUUUAGUUUAAGACAGGCGGCAAGAUGUAUAGGUUCUCAGUGGAACUGCUGGUUCUGCUGGCCGUUUCAUCGGUUUUCUCAAUCGAAGUGGACACUGACCUAGGACGAAUUAGAGGAGCAAAUCUAACCUCCAGAUUGGGAGUACCUUUCCAUGCUUUUCGUGGCAUCCGCUAUGCAGAACCUCCCCUGGGAAACUUACGAUUCGUGAAUCCGCAGCCCAUUAAAUCCUGGGCUCCGUCUACUUUUGAUGCCACUGAGGAUGGACCGAUGUGCCCGCAACCAUGGGACAAUAUGACCGAUGUUUCCGAGGAUUGUCUCCGGCUAAAUGUGUACACGAAGGACUUGAAAGCCCGUCGCCCAGUUAUUGUGUUUAUCCACCCGGGUGGAUUCUAUGUUUUCUCCGGGCAGAGUAAGUACUUGGCCGGACCCGAACAUUUCAUGGAUCGCGAUUGUGUUUUGGUGGCGUUGAACUACCGACUUGGCAGCUUGGGAUUCCUGGCCACCGGUAGCAAGGAUGCUCCUGGCAAUGCGGGGAUGAAGGAUCAGGUCUUGGCGCUGCGUUGGAUCCAGAAGCAUAUCCACCGAUUCGGAGGGGAUCCCGGGAGUGUAACCCUCGUGGGUUAUAGUGCCGGCAGCAUCAGUGUGGCUCUCCACAUGGUGUCGCCGAUGUCGAGGGGUCUCUUCCAUCGGGGCAUCUGCAUGAGUGCCUCUCCCUACGGACCAGUUCAGUACCAAAACAACGACCUUCGACUGGCCCACCGACAAGCUAAAUUACUGAAUUGCAGCCAAGAAUCGGUCACCGAAAUGGUGGAGUGCAUGAGGCGAAAACCCUACUUGGAUUAUGUGAGCACCUACAAUGGAAUGUUCGAGUUUGGAUGGAAUCCUACGCUCAACUGGAAAAUCGUUGUAGAGGAGGACUUUGGCCAGGAGCGCUACCUGAUUGAAAGUCCUUUCAAAACCGCCAAACGGGGAGACUUUUACAAGGUUCCUCUCAUUACGGGCAUCACUGAGUUUGAAUUUCUUUCGGGAGCAUUCUUUGACCUACGAAAUGAAAGCAUUGUGAGCAAGUACAACCAGAACUGGGAGGAUUUCGCUCCCAUUGCUCUGAUCUUGGAACGUAACUCAACCCAAACACGAACUGCCACUCGAGUUUUAAGGGAAAAAUAUAUGCCAGAAAGCGUGGACAAACUGGAGUAUCCGAAAUCUUUAAAGGGUAUGGGGGAACUUUACAGCGAUGCCUUAAUCGGAGUGGCUUACAACAGAUUUCUUCGUCUUAUGGCCCCGCACACACCGAUUUACACAUAUCUCUUUAGAUACAAAGGAAGAUAUAGUUUCUUAAAAAAUCCUGAUAACCAAGAAGCCAUGGGCCCCGUUCACCAUGACGAGCUCUUGUACUUAUUCCACGUGGGUCUUGUGAGUCCUCUAUUUAAAAGAGAAGAUCCCGAAAACUUUAUGAUUGAGCGUUUGACUCGAAUGUGGACUGAAUUCGCUCAAAAAGGUGACCCACACAACAAGAACGAUGAAUAUUUGAAAACCCUUAACUGGCCUCUUUAUAAUUCCCAAAAUCAAGCUUAUUUGGAAAUUGGUACAAAUUUUACAGCAAAAACUGGAGGAUUCUUUCAAGAAAGAUAUCAUAUUUGGGAUGAAUUAUAUCCACUAUCAAGCUAUUCUUGAUUUUAUAAACUUUGAUAUACAAUCAAUAUCAACUUGCUUAUAAUAUUAAUAUUAAUAUAUUUAAUUGGAUUAUUUUACACAAAUAAUACUUUUUUUAAUCUUAAAUGGCAGAAUAAGCUGUUUUAUAUCAAACAUAAUUUUUAUGAUAACAUAUCCAAUGGUUGUUUAAUAAAUCAAUAUUAAAUGCAAAA